CGAGGAGGGGUGAGGGAGAAGGGACAAGGAGGGGCGUAAAGUUAAACUGAUAAAGGACGGAUGUAUAAAAGUGAAGCAGAAAAGAGUGCCCAGGUCCACUUUGGGUGAAAAGAAUACUCGACGUGUCAACCGCAGCAUGAUUGGCUUGAUUGUACUUGCACUCUUGGGUGCUGCAGCCUCAGUCCCCCUGAACGACAGGAUCGUGGGGGGGUAUGAGUGCGAGGCUCACUCUCAGCCCUGGCAGGCGUCUCUAAACAUCGGCUACCACUUCUGUGGAGCCUCACUCAUCAACGACCAGUGGAUCAUAUCUGCUGCCCACUGCUGGAUAAAUCCGUUUGCGCAAAUCGCCAUCCUGGGGGACCAUCACAUAUGGCAACAUGAGGGAACUGAACAGUACAUGUCUGUGGAUGCCAUCUACUGGCACCAAAGCUACGACUACCAGACCAUGGACCAUGACAUCAUGCUGAUGAAGCUGGCCCACCCAGUUACCUUCAACAAGUUUGUCCAGCCCAUCGCCCUGCCCAUGGCUUGUCCUAAGGCAGGGGAAAUGUGUGUGGUGUCUGGUUGGGGCAACAUCUAUACAGAUUCUGUGUUCAAUCCGUUUAACCUGCAGUGUGUGGACGUCCCUAUUGUGUCGAAGGAGGACUGUGACAUCAACUACCCCGGUCAGAUCUCAGACACCAUGCUGUGCGCCGGCUACCCAGAGGGGGGCAAAGACGCCUGUCAGCGUGACUCUGGAGGCCCCCUUGUAUGCAAUGGUGAAUUGCAGGGCAUCGUGUCGUGGGGCUAUGGCUGUGCCCAGCCUGACUACCCCGGGGUGUACACCAAGGUCUGCGCCCUGCUGCCAUGGAUCAACGAGAUCCUCACUAGCUACUAGACUGUACCUUUCCCAUCACAGAACAUGGAUAGACAGAAAAAAAGGGGAGAUAAACAGAGAGAGAAAGAGAGAGACAGAGAGAGAGAGAGAGAGAGAGAGAGAGAGAGAGAGAGAGAG